GAUCAGUGUGAAGCGGAAGGAAUUGUUAAAUUAUCAUAGCAUAGCAACGAAGAAUUUUCUGUUUCGGUUUGAAGAGUGUAAAAUUUGGAAUUUCCGAAAAUACAUUGCAGCAUUUAGAUCUCUAACUUUCCUACCUCGAAUUUAAAACAAUCAUGAUAUAAAGCUUAAAUUUUUAAAAGUACUCGUCACUGCCUUUGAUAAGGAUACGAUAUUUACUUAAAAUAUUUGAUUAGCUAGUCAAGCAUUAAUUUAUUCACUGUUAUGACUAUAUUUUUAACUUCUACCAUGUUAAAAAAACAUGUUCUUUUAUUUAUAUUUAUGCUGAGUCAAGUUAACAGUGAAGAAGAAGAAGAACAUGUACACACAACACAAUAUAACAAAGACAAUUUUUCGGAAGAGAUCAAGAACAAGAAUCAUUUUAUUAUGUUCUAUGCACCAUGGUGUGGACAUUGCCAAAGGCUUGAACCUACUUGGGAGCAAUUAGCAGAAAUGACAAAUAAAGAAGAUAAUAUAAAGAUUGCUAAAGUUGAUUGUACUACAGACAAUAGUUUAUGUAGUGUGCAUGAUGUUACUGGCUAUCCUACGCUGAAAUUUUUUAAAGCUGGUGAAACUGAAGGCACUAAAUUCAGAGGUACAAGAGAUCUGCCAUCUCUAAUUUCAUUUUUGAAUGAUCAAGCAGGCAUUAACAUCGGGAGUGCAGAUGUUGCACCAUCACCUCCAGAGGCAGUAAAUGGUCUACUAGAGUUGACAGAGAACACAUUUGAUAAGCAUGUUUCUACUGGUUAUCAUUUUGUAAAGUUUUAUGCACCCAGUUGUGGUCAUUGUCAGAAAUUAGCUCCUGCAUGGGAAGAAUUAGCUAACAGCCUACGUAACAAUAAUGAUGUUUCCAUUUCAAGAGUAGAUUGUACACAGCACCGUGGUGUUUGUGCACAAUAUGCUAUUAAAGGAUAUCCAACAUUGCUCUGGAUAGAAGAUGGAAAGAAGGUGGAUAAAUAUCAAGGACAACGUACUCACGAGGAGUUAAAAGCUUAUGUAUCAAAAAUGCUUGGAAAGGAUAAUGACCAAGCAAAUGUUAAGACUGAUAACUCUGACAAUAUGCUGCACACUGUACUCAGUUUAACUGGCGAGAGCUUUAAACAUGGUAUUGAAAACGGCAUAUCAUUCGUUAAAUUUUUUGCGCCUUGGUGCGGACACUGUAAACGUUUGGCGCCUAUUUGGGAAGAUCUUGGGAAAAAGUUCUUCGACAACGAGAACGUAAAUAUAAUUAAGAUAGACUGUACACUCGACGCGAGCAAAGAAUUGUGCAAUGAACAAGAAGUAGAUGGUUUUCCAUCUCUGUAUUUAUACCGCGAUGGGCACAAGAUUUCCGAGUACAAUGACGCCCGUAAUUUGGAUGAUUUGUACGAGUUUGUAGCAAGUCAUCUACAGCCGCAUGAUGAACUGUGAUUAUAUAUCUUUCUUAUACAAAAUUUAAUCCCGAAAAGGAUAGCGAUAAUUUAAGCUGUUUUUUAAAACAUUAAUGUGUAAUACUUAAUUUAAUUAUAUAUGAAUGUACGUAGCAUAACACGAAGGAACCCAAAAACAUCCAAGUCAUAUAUUUUUCAUUUUUGUAUAAAAUAUCAAAACAAAACUACUAUAAAAUUAUUAUACAUAAAUUCUAAGAAUCAUUAUAUUUUUGCGUGA